AUGGAUCAGGGCGGUGGUCUGAACCCCUCUUUGGCUGUUACUGUCACAAGCAGGUGCAUCAUCAGCGAGGAAGGCGCCUACCCCAUAUCCACCUCCCCCUCAUCCAACCCCCCUGGGAGGGUGUUGACUCUGGUCAACCUCAACUUCCAGCGGGCGGCAGGAGGCGUCUUUUUCAACGUGCAGACAGCGAUCAACGCGAGAAAAUGCGGAUUCGUCAUGACCAUGGCUCCUAGCGGAGGGAUGCUCAGGGAGCAAGAGGGCCGCUCAGGUGAGAGUGCGUGUGGUGAAUGUGAGAGUGUGUCUGGUGAAUGUGAGAGCAUGUUUGGUGCAUGUGAGAUUGUGUCUGGUGCACGUGAGAGUGUGUGUGGUGCGUGUGGUGCAUGUGAGGGUGCGUGUGUUGCAUGUGAGGGUGCGUGUGGUGCAAAUGAGGGUGCGUGUGGUGCAUGUGAGGGUGCGUGUGGUGCAUGUGAGGGUGCGUAUGGUGCAUGUGAGGGUGCGUGUGGUGCAUGUGAGGGUGCGUGUGGUGCAUGUGAGGGUGCGUGUGGUGCAUGUGAGGGUGUGUGUGAUGCAUGUGAGGGUGCGUGUGGUGCAUCAACCCCUUCUCAGGACUACAUAUCACUCCCCUACUUCCCUCGUUGUACCUUGCACAGCAGCACACCUCAUUCAAUCAACACACUCUCCUCUACCCUCGACCCACCCUAA